AACACAUUAUCCUCAAAAAACAAAAAACACAGUUCGCCUUGUGAUUCUGCUAAAAAAAAGUUCGCCUUGUGAUAGAUCCAUUCCCACCCGUAGGAAUGCGCCGGAGAACCUCCGCCGGUCACCGGGUUCUCCUGCGAAGACCACCGACCACCGUCGUCAUCUCAAAAAUCUAUGCCCCCUUUGUAUUACGCCUCUCUCUACCCAUUUCGCCGUGAUCUGCCUCCGCUGGCCGUAUCUGUUCUGGAGUUUUACGGCGGCGAUCUUCUAGAGCAGCGUGUGUACCCCAUGGAAAGACCCAGCAGCGGGGAGGAUGGAGAGGGGGACUCUCCCAACGAGACGAGGAUCUCGCUGGAGACGGCGGCGGCAGAGGCGGACGACUCCGUCCCGUACAUAGGGCAGCGGUUCCCGACACACGAAGCGGCGUACGAGCUCUACAGCGGGUUCGCAAAGCAGUGCGGGUUCUCGAUCCGGCGGCACCGUACGGAGGGGAAGGACGGCGUGGGCAAGGGGCUGACCCGGCGGUACUUCGUGUGCCACCGCGCCGGCAACACGCCAGCGAAGCCCUUCGACGACGGCGCCAAGCAGCAGAGGAACAGGAAGUCCUCUCGCUGCGGCUGCCAGGCGUACCUACGCAUUGGCAGGGAUGCGGGAGCCGGCGGUCUGGAGUGGCGAGUCACGGGGUUCUCUAACCACCACAACCAUGAGCUCCUCCGGCAGGAUGAGGUGCGUUUUCUCCCGGCGUACCGUAUCAUCUCGAACUCGGACAGAGACAGGAUCUUGGUGUUUGCAAAAUCUGGGAUCUCUGUGCAGCAGAUGAUGAGGAUAAUGGAGCUGGAGAAGUGCGUCCAGCCGGGGAGCCUCCCAUUUACUGAGAAGGAUGUGAGGAAUCUCAUACACUCCUUCAGGAGGUUCGAGCUGGAGGAGGAGAGUGUCGACCUGCUUCAGAUGUGCAGAAAUGUUAAGGAGAAGGAUCCCAAUUUCAAGUAUGACUUCACCAAAGACGCCAACAACUGCGUUGAGAAUAUCGCCUGGUCGUACGCAUCAUCGAUCCAGUCUUACGAGGUAUUUGGUGAUGCUGUUGUGUUGGACACCACUCAUCGGCUAACUUCUAUUGACAUGACACUGGGUAUUUGGAUUGGAAUGAACAAUCAUGGGAUGCCUUGCUUCUUCAGUUGUGCGCUUCUGAGGGAAGGAAAUCUGCAAUCCUUCAUAUGGGCAUUACAGGUAUUUCUCAACUUCAUGAACAGAAAAGCUCCACAGACAGUAUUGACUGAUCAAAAUAUGCAUCUCAAAGAAGCAGUUCAAAAGGAGCUACCAAACACAAAGCAUGCCCUCUCCAUCGGGCUUAUUGCAUCCAGGUUUCCAUCUUGGUUCAAUGCAGUUCUCGGGAGACACUAUAAUGACUGGGAAAACGAGUUCUAUAGGCUGCACAACAUGGAAAGCACAAUGGACUUCGAUCUUGGAUGGAGUGACAUGGUGAGCUGCUAUGGAUUACAUGGAAAUAGGCACAUUGCUAGCUUAUUUGCAUCACGGAAGCUUUGGGCAUCGCCAUAUUUGAGAGGACAUUUUUUGGCAGGGCUGGCUGCUUUGCCGGGAAUUUCAAAAAUAAAGGAUUUCAUUCAGCGGUUGUUGAGCGCCCAGACAUGCCUAUCCCGUUUGAUUGAGCAGGUUGCGGUAGUUGUUGACUACAAAGAUCAAGCUGGGGAACAACAAAUAGCGCAACAAAACUCGGAAAAUACAAUUCUCAAGACGGCAGCUCCAGUGGAAGGACAUGCUGCAGCUGUUUUCACCCCAUAUGCAUUCUAUGAGCUACAGGAUGAGCUUGUAGAGGCUGCCCAUUAUGCCUACUUCCACUUGGAAGGGAAUGCUUUUCUUGUCCGGCACCAUACCAAGACAGAUGGCGGUUGCAAUGUCACAUGGAACCAAAAGGAGGAACUAAUUUCUUGCAGCUGCCAAAUGUUUGAGUCAUCAGGGAUCCUCUGCCGGCAUGCCCUCCGUGUGCUCACAACGUUAAACUACUUUCAGAUCCCGGACCAUUACCUUCCUGUCCGAUGGCAUAGAACCCAGCCACAACCUUCCAAGUCAUUGAUUGGCGGUCCUGAUCAUGGCAGAUCAUAUGAAAGGGUGAAAGCGCUCCAGUCCAUGGUCUCAGUUCUGGUGAGCGAAGCAGGCAAAUCGGAGGAACGGAUGGAUCUCGCGACACAGGAGGUCUCUGUCCUACUGUCCCGGAUAAGGCAGCAACCUGUUGUGCCGAAUGUAUCAGGUGAUAGUGUUCGUCGGCAGCGGUGACUGACAAUUUUGGUAGCUUUCCAAGGGGCAACCAUUUUGAACUGUCCAACCAGUUCUUUAUAAGUAUUUAGGCUCAGUUUGCAGUUACUGAACUGUAUGGUUUAUUUGAUCAUUUUUGCUAAAUUUCAAUAGACUGAUUUUGAUUU